AACAGGUACUUCAGCCUUGUUUGUGCAGCAUCUCCAGGUUUGGAAAUUCGACAUGAUACCAACUCCAAGUCUCAAUCUAAGGACUUCACAGUUUUUGCUCUUACACAUGAAGAUAGAGAUAUAAAGGUGAGAGUUGAUGCAUCUGGUUCAAAGACACAAGCUAUCUUCGAUGAUGUUUUCUCCAAGCUAGUAGAGGCUGCACAACCUAUUCCUGGUUUUAAAAGAUUGAAAGGAGGUAAUACACCGGUAUCCCUAAAGAUAUCCUCCUUGACAUUCUUGGACCGUCCAAAGUUAAUUAAGCACUCAAUCAAGAAAAUUAUCAAUUCCACUACAGCUGAAUGCGUCGCAAAGGAAGGUUUAAAGGUCAGCAAGGAUCUGAGAGUUGAGCAGAGCUAUGAAGAGCUUGAACAAAUAUUUGUUCCUGGAAAAGAAUUUGGCUUUGAUGCAGCCAUCCAGCUUCAAGAAAACAAGAAGAUGCAGAUUUAAAUGUACAUGAUGUAGGUAUAAGUUAAUAAUUAAUGUUCUGAUUUGUUCCCCAUAAAUAAUGUAAAUUGAUGAUGUGCAAUGUUUAGUUUCUAUGUUUUGCCUGUGGGAAUUUCUUUGGACUAACAGUUCAUGGAGAAAAAUAAAAAACACUUCAUGGAGUAGUUUUAUGGAUCA